UCUCACUCUCUCUGAUACCUUAAAAUCCCCACAAAAUGCAUUACCAAACAGAGUCAUGGACUUCCUAUAACAUGAUCCCAACAAGAACAACCGCCAUUUCCAGCGACCCAUUUGAGCGAAUUGAGAGAAUGGCAUCGGAGAAUGCAGUGGUGAUUUUCAGCAUCAGCAGUUGCUGUAUGUGCCACGCCAUUAAGAGGCUCUUCUGUGGGAUGGGUGUGAAUCCGACUGUUUACGAGCUCGACGAGGACCCGAGAGGGAAUGAGCUCGAGAGGGCUCUGAUGAGGCUUUUGGGAAGCUCCACUGCUGUUCCUGUGGUGUUCAUUGGAGGUAAACUUGUUGGUUCCAUGGACAGAGUCAUGGGUUCUCAUAUUAAUGGCACUCUUGUUCCUCUGCUUAAAGAGGCUGGUGCUCUCUGGCUCUGAUAUUUCUACAAAGUUUGAAAAAACAAUGAAGAGACUUAUAGAGGUAAUUAAAGAAGGAAAAUUGAGACAGAGGAAGAGGAGUACUGGUUGUUUUGUUGAAGUGCCUCUCUGUUUUGGGGAUUACAGUUGACACUAAUCACUAUAUGUCUUAGUUUAGUUUCAAUCUUCUUCUUCUUUCCUUCUUUUGUGUUUUUAUUUACUUUUGCUUAGUCUUGCUCUUUGAGAAGUGUAAUUGCCCCCUCCUCUGUAUAGCAAAGGAAAAAACAAUCCAUUCCUAAAUGAGGUAUUUGUUCUAUUCUCAAACUUCUCUAUAUAGUGAAUGCG